AUGGCGCACGUCCUUAAGGAGCGACUCGGAGCAGGUGAUCUGGAGCCGAGCGAAAGUUUCGACUGCGCCGAGGCAUUCGGGCACGGCAACUACCAGAAGGGUGUCUUGCUCUUCGCCAUACUCGGCGUGUGGGUCAUGCACUCCCACACGCUUGCCUUCCCGCUCAUCUCCGGCGACGUGGACCACUGGUGCAGCAAGCCAGUCGGUACCAACAUGUCCGACACGGAAUGGAAGGAGACUGCCAUCCCCAUAGAGGAAGACGGUCAGCGAAGUCACUGCACCGUCUUCGCUAAGCCGGAAAACCCGAACGACACCAGCGUCGUACCGUGCAAGCAGUGGGACUAUAACGCAGCGGUGGCUCACACCACCAUCAUCAGCCUCUGGAACCUGGUGUGCGAUCGGCGGUGGCUAGUGCACAUGGCCAACGCCGUCUUCAUGGCCGGCGUCCUGGGCUCUCUGGCUGCGUCCGGUUUCGCCACGGACAUCCUCGGCCGGAAGCUGGUAAUACGUGGAGCCGCGUGCGUGCUCAUGGUUGCGGCGUUCGGCGGCUGCUUCGCCGACACAUACCUCAUGUACCUCUGCACGAGGUUUGUCAUAUCCGGCUCGUCGAGCGCUCUUUCCAUGGUGGCCUGCAUCCUGCUGACCGAGGUGUCCACGAACACCCACCGGGCCGUCCACGUCAGCAUGUCCGGAAUCCUCGGCCUCUUGCUCGGCGACGCGUGUUACGCAGCCCUAAAGCUGGCGCGUCUCAACUGGAUUGGGCUGCAGCUCCUCAUGGUGGCCCCCACGCUCCUCGUUCCGCUGGGAUGCUUCUUCGUAACAGAGUCGCCCAGAUGGCUCAUCGCCCGGCGCAACUUCAAGGGUGCCGAGAUCGCCAUGGAGGCGGCGGCCAAAGUGAACGGCUUCUCUGCUGACGCCGCCGAAGCCCUGGUAGAGCGAAUUAAAAACCAUGACCUCGAAUACUCCAAGCGGCCUGCGGCCGCCACCAGAGACAAGAGUACCUCAUCAGCCGUCUUCCGUCGUGGCCUGAUCAUAUAUGCCUCGUCCUUCGCAAUCAUGGCCGCUUAUUACACGCUUCUUUUGGCGUCUUCGGCGCGCGACAAGACUUGGAUGCGCUUGACGUCGGUCGUUGCCGACGGUGUGUGCUACGCGCUGUACCUGUUCGCCGUAGACAGAAUCGGCCGAGUGGCGCUCGUCACUACCAUAUACAUCUUGGCGGGCACCUACUGCUGCUUUCUAGGCACCACGCUCAGCAGCGGCUCUGCCGAACUGCUCAGCACCGCCCUCCUGAUCCAAGCCAAGGCCGUCACGGGCGUUGGCGUCGUGGUCACGUCGCUGUGCGCGACCGAGGCCUUCCCGUCGGCCGCCCGCGGUCUCGGCGUGUGUCUUGCGUAUUCCUGCGCGCGGCUCGGUGGAGUGUUCGCUGCUGCAGCGUCCGGUCUCCGCGGAGUGGGACGGGAGGACCUGCUCUUGGCCAUUGUGGCAGGUGCGCUGUACGCCUCGGCGCAGAUUUUCCAGAAACUGCCGCGGAAGGUCACCCCCUUCAAUCCGGAGAGCACACGGACGACCACCGUUGCGAGCCCGUUGGAUGUGCUGGAUGACAUGAAGAAGUCGCUGGAACCGCAGCCCAAAGGAAAAGUUCGCAAGAAGCGACAGAGAUCCGUGGCUACCCAUGACAACAAGCUGGCCAUUCCGGAAAGGAGGGGUUCCAAUGUAGAUACCAAGGCGUCUGGUGUUGUGUCACCGGUCUCGAUAUCCGGCGCCGACCAGGGGGUAAUGUCUUCCCCCUCCAGGAAGAAGAGUGACCAUGGUGACAAGCACUGA